AUGAAAAUGCAGCUCGGACACGCUCGCACCCAACCCUUCAUCGCUGUUCCUUCGAAGCUCGCGAUGCUGUCUAGUCCCUGCUGUUUCCCCAUCCAGAUAGCGGCUGGAACAUCGCACUCUCUCUGUCUCGUCGACAACGGAGAAAUCAUCGCUUGGGGAUCCAAUUCAUAUGGCCAGCUCGGCUUCGGUAGCGACGUCGAAGACAGCGACCCACAGCGAAUCCCAACUUUCCAGAAUCUGCCUGUAGCCUCCAUUGCAUGUGGAGGAUUCCAUAAUGUCUGCAUCUGCAGCAAUGGAAGCGUUUACAGCUGGGGAGGAGGCAUGUAUGGACAGCUGGGACAAGGGCUCAAUGUGUUGUCGUCAUCACAACCACUCCAAAUCGCAAAGCUGAAGGGAGUCGAUAUCCAGUCCGUCAGCUGCGGACAAAACCAUUCCCUCUUUUUAGGCUCCACUGGAAUCGUAUAUGCGUGCGGAAAUGGGUUCUAUGGCCAGCUAGGACUCGAUGUGGGAAUCGAUUAUCGACCUGUCUGCGUCGAGUCGCUUUCCGAUAAGAUGAUCACAGAUAUCACAUGUGGAAUGCUGCAUUGCAUCGCUUACAGUUCGAUCACUGGGCAAGCAUAUGCCUGGGGGUCGAACGACUCGGGGGAGUUGGGAAUCAAUGCGCAGGACAAUGUCGUCGAGCCACAUGAAGUGUUUGUUCCUUGUAACGAGAAGUUUGUUCAGAUUCGAGGGGGCGGUGCGUUCACUCUGGGUAUUUCCAUUCAGCUAGCGCCUGUGGAGGAAUCCAAAGUGCCUGUUGAUCUCCAAACACUCUUCACUGCCAGUGGAAACGUUGUGACGCCCAUUUUACGUCAUAAAGACACGCUCGAUUCGGACACUACGAGACAACCAGUUUUCUUACAACAGUUAAUCAACUCCCACACUAAGCAAUCUUUGUUAGACACAUAUUUUUACCCCAUACAAGCCCGUCUAGCUCAGUCGGUAGAGCGCCAGGCUCUUAACCUGGUGGUCGGGGGUUCGAGCCCCCCGGUGGGCGCUUCUCUUUUUCUUUUUCCUUUUUUCUACUUGUUUCUAUGUUUCCCUUUUCACUUAUUGUUUUUCUCUUUUGAUCCUAAAAUGUCCGAAACUGUUGUAACUCGAUUUGUAGCGCUUGCAAAGCGCGUUGCUGAGGUCUCGCAGCAAUUCAAUAAGACAGCACCAAGAAUCGUGGCUGUCAGUAAGAAGAAGCCUGCUGAAGCGAUUCAGGAGUUGUACGACUAUGGUCAUCGUGACUUUGGCGAAAACUAUGUCCAGGAGUUGUUGGACAAGGCCGAAGCUCUUCCGAAGGAUAUUCGCUGGCACCUUAUCGGCCACCUGCAAAGUGGCAAGUGUAAUCAAUUGAUUCGCAAGAUCCCCAACCUCUGGGUAAUCGAGAGCGUGGACAGCAUCAAGCUGGCUGAGAAACUUAAUUCCGCCUGCCUUCUUGCUGAACGCGCCGACCCUCUGAACGUCUUCGUUGAAGUCCACACGAGUGGCGAGGAGACGUGCGCCCUUUUCGUUUGUCUCACAUCUAGAAAGAGUGGUUGCCUCCCUGAAGAGUGCCUUCCGCUGGCAGAGUUCAUUUUGAGCAACUGCCCGAAGCUGCAUCUGAUGGGACUUAUGACGGUCGGGAAGCUGGACGCGCCUCCUGAACCCUAUUUCGAGCAGUUGAACAAUCUGCGUGCCGAUCUCUUGAAGAAGCACCCCGAGCUUGGCUCUCUGGAGCUGAGCAUGGGUAUGUCUGGAGAUUGGGAGACCGCGGUGAAGAUGGGAAGCACGAACAUCCGCGUUGGAACGACCAUCUUUGGCGCCCGUGUCUACAACUGCCUUGUUUGUUGA